UUCAACUCGCUCCUGCUCUCUGUUCUAUCUGGUCGUGUAAAGAUGCCUGAUGGACGCAAGUACUUGGACCUCAUUGCUGCGGUGACAGAGAACAUGGGCAUCGGGAUGAGGGGCAACCUCCCGUGGAGCCCCAAACAUCUCAAGAUAGACUUCGACUUUUUCCAGACCAUAACUGCUGCUGCAGCUGAAGGAAAGCAGAACGUGGUGAUCAUGGGACGCAAGACGUGGUUUUCAAUCCCCGAAAAAAAACGUCCGCUCAAAAAUCGCAUCAACAUCGUCCUGAGUCGGGAGCUGAAGUGCCUGCCUGAAGGAGCUCACUACCUGGUACCAGACCUCAACUCCGCUCUGAGCCUCAUCGACUCCACCCCAGCGAUUCAGGAGAAGCUGGAUGGGGUGUGGAUCUUAGGAGGCGGCGGUGUAUAUAAGGAGGCCAUGGAGCACAGUGCGUGCAGACGCCUUUUCAUCACGCGUGUCCUGCAGACAAUGGAGGCUGACGCCUUCUUCCCAGACAUCGAUGCUGACAAGUUCAAGCUCCUGCCGGGGUUUCCUGGCGUGCCCGAGGGAAUUCACGAGAACGAGGGAUUCCGUUUCCACUUCGAGGUUUACGAGGCGGUGGACGCCGGGGCCGAUGCGUGAGUCGCCCAGCUGCCGCGACGACGUCACCGUUGCCUGUACCGGCAAGAGGCCACGGGCUCAUCUCGUCGCCUUUUUGUCACCGGGUUGCGGUUGACGCGUGGCGAUGAAAGGCCAUCGUUAACACCGCCAUAACGGGAAACAACACGCACGCACAGUCGAGUUAACCGACCCGUUACAAUGUACAACGACGCGACUCCGGAUCCACAACUACGAAGGAGACGUCACGGCGAUACCCUCCGCUGCUCCUGACGCCGAUUAUCUGGCUUGACCACCUCGGUGUGAAACCGUGGUUGUUGUUGCUCCGCGUCUACAUCAGCAGCCGUACGAAAGAAGAAGAACUGUCGAUUGUCCGUGCGCCAGCUUUUGUGCAGGUUAUCCCGGUGGCGGAGUAAUCGAGGGGGCGAGGUUCAUUUUGCUCGUUGCUCCUAACUCGUCGAGGGUUGGUGACUCGGUGCUCACGCGAUCGUAAACGGGGCCGGCCAAGUAAGACGAUGACUUCAAUAAGCUAUACAACCGAUUACGUGUUCUAGGAAAACGAUCCUCAACGUCCUUUUUAAGAUUUACAGUUGAUUUUUGGGUUGGAUCACUGCGUGAGUGAAAUGUGCGUCGUGAACCCUCCUCCACCCAACGCAGCCAAUUAAUAAAGACGCCGCGUGACCAAACGUGCCAACUUAUUUAUGCUUUGGCAGCACCUCCAAGUGGUGUUGGAGAGAAAUCUCACAAGAUUUAACAAUUGGGUGCGCAGGUUUCACAGACAGUCAUGUCUAGCAUCACCAGGCAGUUCUGGCCAGAAUUAUGAAUCAUGAUAAAGCCUACGCGUUAUAUUUACACAAUUGUUACCUAACUCACGAAUGUAUUGCAUCAUCUUCACUUCUGUUUUAUCUGAGUCACCGCUACUUUACCACAGAAUCGGCAGUUGACCGUAUCGUAGUAGACAGAAGACCUUCUUCUGAGCUAUAAUAAAUAAGCUUUAAAGACUUGCAACAAUUCUGUAACCUAUGGCAGUGCAUUGUUGGUAAAUGUCGCAUAAUGAAUGGGGCAGCUGUUCCAUCCAUGGGUGAAUGUUGCCAUGACUCAUGCAGCUGUCACCGUACUGCAGCUGCCUUCUCUGAUAGAUUACCAACACCCACGAUUCGUCACUAAGUGAUGGUGACGUCACCACGGCGCCUGUGCCAGGCCAGGUGCACUUUGAGGCCACGUGAAGUGUCGAAGGCUCGCUGGCAGGAGGUCACGGGAUAGACCCAGGUACUGUGGGUUGGCUGACUGAGAUGACGACUGGCAGAUGCACCACCUGUGUCCCCCAACUGUGCCAUUUUAGCCACCCGGCGCUCCCGCUCCUCUGCCCUCCGUUGUUGUUGGAGGGCGACUGCCUCCAAAUGACCAGGAGCAGCGUCCUUCACGAGCCUCCUCCACGAUAGAUCGUAAUAGAUUGCACUGCCCUUCGCACCCUCAUGGACGCUGCCGCGGGCAGGGUGACGGUCGGCGCACUGGACUUGCAACCUGCAGGGGUCGCCCCAUUAGAUGUUCCCGUGGCCGCAAUCAAAGCAUGAAACAACGGGGGACAAGUUUCUUAAACGCAACCCCCCAACCGCCUCUGUUCAGCCAGCAGUAUAAAAUGGGUUCGCCACUCCGUAGACGAUCGACAGGACAAAUGAAUGGAUCCGCUGUGUCCCGUUCAUUAUGCAACGUAAAAAAAUGUCGCUUGCCAGCAUGGAAGGGGAGGCCAAGCUACCCGCUACGAUGGCUUCUCCAGAGCUCCAUGUCGCAGAGGCUCUUCUGCCUGCAGUGGCAUGGGCAGGAAAUUGCAGCGCUGCACCCUUAUCUGUACACCCUCCAGAGGACAAGCAACGGUUCGCCGCCGGCUCUUUUGAUGUGCAGUCGUGCCACGGGGCAGCAGCGGCCUUCGAUCACGUGCUGUGCUUGCCACGCUGGCUUGGUUUGCAGAAUAAAAAAAAAUCGUCUUAAUUGUGCAUUUCCCGAAAGCUCGGUGGCCUGCUAAAUGAUGUUUUGUCACAGGGCAGUGUGAAUAAUGAAGGCGGUGAGCUUCGCGUCGGUCAUUUGUGAUUGUACGGCACUGUCAAUGGCGGUCACUGAAUUCGCUUGCAUUGUUUUGUUGUUUAUUUGUUUGACCAAUGGCAGGUGGUACACUAUCGAGGCAGUACAGCCAGUCCAAUCUACAUUCCACCCCCCUCCCCGCUUUAGACCGGCUUCGUGUGUGGCUGUUGAUGAGAGAAACCGGGUAGAGAGGCAUGGUGAAUACGGGUCACUUCCGCGGUAACGGAAUGACGCGAGCAAUCCAGGCGCAUUUGACGCGGCAGUGGAAUGGGAUUGUUUUUUUACGUUAUGCACGUGCAUAAGAGCUGAUCAUUGUGUUACAUGUUUGCAAUUAUCAGGUUUCCUGUGUCCCACGCUUCUAAUUCCGUUAAUGUGGGACCCUGGUAAAACAAAUUGCUGUUAGGUAAUGGGGACUGAGUUGUUAUAUGGCUAGCAGUGAUGGUGGAGUUGAGUUGAACUAGUCUCGAAUUCUAACUUCGACCCUUUAACAUCAUUAAUCCACUGGUUCCAGUGAAUGAUAUCUUCCUGACUUAUAAUCUUACAGCUUCGAUCAUUCUAGCACCAUUUCCUCGACAACAGUGUUGAUCCAACACACUUAACUAAAACGUGGCACUGACACCACUUUUCAUGGGCAGUCAUAUAGCCUUAAACCAGUUAACUCUUGCAAGGUCACGCGAGUAUGAGGAUCACCUCUUUUUGAUUUAAAGCUUUCGUGACUGCAGGGAUUCAUAUUCUUGGUUCUUUCGGCAAAGUCACGUAGAAGGGAAACAAAAUUUUAAAAUAUAAAA